CUAAAAGAGCUCAGCCACAGGCAGACAGUCGAGUGGAAUCACUGAGCAGAUUCAGAGUUAAAGUGGAUUUUUCUGAGAGUAUUAUCCCCGAAAACGGCAGAGAAAAUGCCGGAAUCUUGCUUAAAAUUCAUCAUUUUUCUCCUAUUUGCUAUCCAUCUGGGUGCGUCUCAGAAGGCAAGAAUCACGGAUAUUUCACUGAAACAGAUCAAAGAAAUUGGCGAGAGCACUCAUCUCAACUGCACAGCUAAGGAUGUGGGUAUGUCCAAGGUGUCGUGGAAUAAGAAGAAGCUGGACCUGACCGGUGACCCCAUCCCCAUAUCCUUCGAUGACCAACUCACGAUCAAUGACCCGCGCUUCAAGAUUGUCCAUGAUCAAGACACAUACAGCUUGCAGAUCAGCAAUAUCGGAAGCACAGAUAUGGGCAUCUAUGAGUGUCAGAUCUUUGUCUCCUUUGACGAGCGUCCCACCUCUUCAGUUGAACUCUUGGUACGCCAUCCACCCGUGAUCUCUGAGAAAUUAUCCACAAGAGUGGCUCAGGUGGCAGAACAUCAGCCAGUUAAUCUGGAAUGCUACGCUGAUGGAUACCCCAGGCCAAGUAUUACCUGGACCAGGGAGUACAAUGCACUAAUGCCAGGCGGAGGUCAUAAAAUCAACGGAAACGUUCUGAAGAUUACAUCAACUCGAAAAGAAGAUCGCGGAACUUACUACUGCUUAGCAGAGAAUGAUGUUGGCAAAUCAAAUCCAAAAACCGUAACUCUAGAAGUAGAGUUUGCACCUGUAAUAUCAAUCCCCCGGCCCAAGGUGGCCCAGGCCCUAGAUUACGACAUUGAGCUGAAAUGUCGUGUGGAGGCCUAUCCCCCUGCGUCGAUUGUAUGGCUACGCCAUGGAAAUCAGCUUCAAAGCAGUGAAGAAUAUAAAAUCUCCAACCUGGCCACAGUGGACCAGGUUACCACAUCUUCGCUCAUGAUCCGUGGUUUGGAGAGGGAUCAAUACGGCGACUACUACUGCCAGGCACGUAACUCAAAAGGACAAUCCGAAAGCAGAAUUCACGUCUUUGAAUCUGUCCUCCCUGUUUUAGAAUUGGUUUAACAGAAGUGAUGUUUGUUUUGAUUUGUGUUUUUUUUUCGUAAUACUUCCCUAACUCCUUGUAUUGCAACUAACGUGGUAUUUCCUUUAAGAAAACGCCUUCCCCGACAUCAACUUCGCAGGAAUAAUUUGGAGCAGUUCUCCAAUGUCCUAUAAUCCACUGCCAGUCGUCUAUAUAAUCACCAUGUCAACGUUACUGAUAAGAAUCCUAUAAAGACGCAUGAAGAUAGCUGCAUGGCUUCUCUAGAAAGUCAUGACCUCAAAACCCAGCCAAAACCGUUCUUGUGUGCCAAAUUCUAUCGAGUCUCGGACUAAACUGCCACAUGCGAGUGUACUUUAGGACAAAAUUUACAACAUAGAACUUAGAAGUAAAUAAUAUCUGCCAUUUUUCUCAUUAUAGUCUGUAGACCAUCCCUCAUACGUAGAUCCGUGGAGUGAUUUUAUUUACAACAUAAUCAUUUUUGCCAAAUAAAACCUAAAAUAGACAUUUUGUAAUUUCUGAAUUUCACAAAAUAAAGUAUUCUGACAUAUUUUUUAGAAAAAAAAGAAA